UCAACAACCUUCAAAUCCUAUUGACCCUUUCGACGACUCAGCAACCGUCGAAACUUCCCAAUAUACUGACAAUCCGUCAGUCCCACAAGCUGCUGCUAUACCAUCUUUUAGACCUAACUUGUCUCAGGGUGACCAUACUUCUUUCGACCCUUAUUUCAACGAUCCUUUUGAGGACGACGAAGAGCAGGACUUUUAUUCCGACUCAGCAGGGCUUAUGCGACAGAUUACAAACAUGUCCUAUUCAGAAGCAAACCUUCCACUUACUUCCGAUAGUAAAACUGAAACGUCUGAUCUUCCCAGCCAUAAUGGAGAGCGAACAAUUUAUGUUAAUGCCCCGGCCAAAAACUCUCAACAAAAAUUUCUGCAUAAUAAAAUUUCAACAACUAAAUAUAAUUUUUUCACAUUUUUACCAAAAUUUUUAUACGAACAAUUUUCAAAAUAUGCAAAUAUAGAAACAAAUCUAAAAAUCAAGCAAGCUACAAGCGAUACAUCACACUUAACUAAUCCAUUAGAAACUAGUCGUUUGACUGGAUAUAUUAAAUCUGAAAAACCCAAUGAUAGCUUAUACACAUAUGACGGUUUACUCGUGAUGAAUACUCCAAAUGGUCAAAAGCAAGUUCCUUUGGAUCCAACACAAUUACUUCUUAGGGGUGCACAAUUGAGGAAUACAUCAUGGAUUUAUGGUAUUGUUGUUUUUACAGGCCACGAGACAAAACUCAUGAAAAAUGCCACUUUGAUUGUCACAAUGGAAGUCGUCAAAUUUCAACAAGCUUUAUUAAUUAAUGACGAUUUAGAUAUGUAUUAUGAAAAGACUGAUACCCCUGCUUUGUGUAGAACUAGCAGUUUGGUUGAGGAAUUGGGUCAGAUUGAGUAUAUUUUUUCUGAUAAAACUGGUACUCUUACUUGUAAUGAGAUGGAGUUUAAACAAUGUAGUAUAGCUGGAAUAGCGUAUGCUGAUAAAGUUGAAGAGUCCAAGCGUGCCCGUGUGGUUGAUGGUGUUGAAGUCGGAUCACAUGAUUUUAAACAAUUAAAAGAAAAUAUAAGGACUCAUCCAACUGGAAAUGUAAUCAAUGAAUUCUUGUCACUCCUAUCUAUAUGUCAUACUGUUAUUCCUGAACGCAAAGAUGACAAUCCAAACAAUAUAAUGUAUCAGGCUUCAUCUCCAGAUGAAGGUGCGCUUGUUAAAGGUGCUGCGACUCUGGAUUAUGAAUUCACGACUCGUCGCCCCAAAUCUGUAAAUAUACGAGUUAAUGGUGCUGAUUACGAAUACGAAAUUCUUAGUAUUUGUGAAUUCAACAGCACACGUAAACGUAUGUCUACAGUUGUUCGUGGUCCGGAUGGAAAAAUAAAAUUAUAUUGUAAAGGAGCUGAUACUGUAAUUUUGGAACGUUUGAGUGAAAAUAAUCCAUUUACAGAUCAAACAGUACAACACCUUGAAGACUAUGCAACUGAAGGUCUCAGAACUCUUUGUAUCGCAAUGCGUGAAAUUUCUGAUGAAGAAUACCGACAUUGGUCUACUAUAUACGAAAAAGCAUCUACAACUUUGGUAAACCGUCAAGAUGAACUUGACAAAGCUGCAGAAAUGAUUGAAAAAAAUCUAUUUCUUUUGGGUGCUACCGCAAUUGAGGAUAAAUUACAGGAGGGUGUUCCAGAAACAAUUCAUACACUUCAACAAGCUGGGAUUAAAAUUUGGGUCCUUACUGGUGAUAGGCAAGAAACUGCUAUAAAUAUUGGACUUAGUUGCAAAUUAAUUAAUGAGGAAAUGACUUUGAUCACUGUGAAUGAAGACAGUCAUUGGAAAACAAAAGACUUUUUAGAGAAAAGAAUUCAAUCGCUUAAAGGUCGGGUUAAUCCGGAUGUUGAACCUCUAGCUCUUGUUAUAGACGGUCGUACACUUGAAUUUGCUCUUGACAAGGAAAUUGAAGGAGUUUUCCUUGAGCUUGCAACUAUGUGCAAAGCAGUUAUUUGCUGCAGAGUGUCCCCACUCCAAAAAGCACUUGUUGUAAAACUAGUGAAACGUCAUCUUAAAGCCAUUCUUUUAGCCAUUGGUGAUGGUGCAAAUGACGUUCCAAUGAUUCAAGCAGCUCAUGUUGGUGUUGGAAUUAGUGGUCUUGAAGGAAUGCAAGCAGCUCGUAGUGCUGAUGUAGCAAUCAGUCAAUUUAGAUACUUAAAAAAACUACUACUAGUUCAUGGUGCAUGGAGUUAUCAACGAUUAAUCGCCUAA